AUGGGACAGUACACAUCACAAGGCUGCAUCACCUGCUGGAGACACUUCUGCCCCCUGUUUGAAGGUAUCGGCUAUGCAACACAGGUGGUCAUCGCUUACGCCGCAGUGUCAUACAUUGUGAUCCAGGCUUGGGCCUUCUUCUACCUCUUCCACUCCUUCAGCAAAGAAGUUCCCUGGGCAAGCUGCAGAAAUGACUGGAACACAGAAAACUGUGUAGAGUUUGACAAGACUAAUUCAUCCUACAACUGGACAGCAUCACCAAAUGCAACAACACCUGCGACUGAGUUUUGGGAGCGUCGGGUGCUGGGUAUAUCUGACAGCAUUGAGAAAAUUGGGAGUCUGCGAUGGGAACUCGCCUUAUGCCUUUUAUUGGCUUGGGUCCUUUGUUACUUCUGUGUUUGGAAAGGAGUCCGAUCCACAGGCAAGGUGGUCUACUUCACUGCCACUUUUCCAUACGUGAUGCUGGUGGUCCUCUUGGUCCGGGGCCUCACUUUACCUGGAGCGAUGAAAGGCUUGGCUUUCUACUUGUAUCCAGAUCCCACACGACUGGCUGAUCCGCAGGUAUGGAUGGAUGCAGGUGCACAAGUUCUCUUUUCCUUUGGGAUCUGUCAAGGAACACUAACAUCCCUUGGCAGCUACAACCAAUAUAACAACAAUGUUUACAAGGACACAUUCAUUCUAUGUUUAAUAAAUGGAGGCUCAAGUUUUGUAGCUGGUUUUGCUAUCUUUUCUGUUUUGGGUUUCAUGUCUUAUGAGCAAGGCCUGCCCAUAUCUCAAGUGGCGGCAUCAGGUCCUGGUUUGGCUUUCAUAGCUUACCCUCGAGCCGUGGCGAUGAUGCCGCUGCCUCAGCUGUGGUCCGUGUGCUUCUUCAUUAUGGUGAUUCUUCUUGGGGCAGAUACACAGUUUGUCAGUCUGGAGUGUCUGAUGACUUCAGUGACAGACAUGUUCCCCACUGUUUUUCGAAGAGCCUACCGACGAGAACUACUGCUGCUAUGCCUCUGUGCCGUUUGCUUCUUCCUGGGACUGCUCUUGGUCACAGAGGCAAGGUUGUAUUUUCUUCAGCUCUUCGACCAUUAUGUCUGUAGUGGGAACAACCUCCUUCUUUUAUCCGUUUGCCAAUCAGUUGCUAUAGGAUGGAUUUAUGGUGGGGAUCGUCUUUAUGAUAACAUUGAGGACAUGAUCGGUUAUCGGCCUGGUCCGUUAAUGAAGAUUUGCUGGCGAUAUGUCACUCCAAUUGUUUGCUUUGGAACAUUCCUUUUCUCUGUUGUUUGGUACAAGCCUCUGAAGUUCAACAAAACCUAUGUGUACCCGAACUGGGCCUAUGCUCUGGGCUGGUCUCUGGGCCUAUUCUGUGUCCUGCUGGUGCCUCUGUGGAUGAUCUACAGGCUUGUCACGAUGAAGGGGACAGUAUUACAGAAUCUGAGGCAGCUUUGUCGGCCUGAGGUGAAGACUCAGAGUAAGAAAGGCUCUGAGCAGUGUCCUCUGAACCCAGACACAAAGGCGCCCCCUGUGGACGUCAAAGGCAAUGGCGCAGUGGAGCUGGAGCUUCAAGCCUGA